GGCUGAGCAAAGCAGAAGGAGAGAGUUCUGAGAUAUGGGAAUAUUUACAGCAGGAGACAACAAGAAGGAAACACUACUUCCAGAGGAUUUCUUCCUUGGAUUCAACGUUUGAAGAACUUUUUUUAAAGGAAUUUAGAACCAGUUCAGUUCUUAUAAAAGUUUUUGGGCUUCUCAUCAUAAUGAGAUCACUGGCUCUGGGUCUCUUCUGCCUGUUUUGCUGUAAUGCUGUGGAGCCAGAGAGACGUCGGCCCAAACUCAUUACAGCCAAAGGACAAAAUAACACCACAGUCCAAAACAAUACGAUGGAGAAUUCCUGUGAAACCAUGCCGCUGGAUUUCGUCUUUGUCAUUGACAGCUCUAGGAGCAUCCGACCAGAAGACUACGAGAAGGUCAAGACCUUCAUCAUUAAUCUGCUUCAAUUUCUUGAUGUUGGCCACAAUGCAACACGGGUGGGUCUUCUGCAGUAUGGCAGUGUGGUUCAACCCGAGUUCUCCCUUAAUACUUAUUACUCCAAAGCUGAGGUUAAGGAGGCUGUGAGGAAUAUGAGUCAUCUUGCUACAGGGACCAUGACUGGCUUGGCCAUCCAAUACACCAUGGAGGUGGCACUCACUGAAGAACAGGGAGCCAGACCUCUGAGCUUACAGAUUCCACGGAUCGCUAUGAUUGUAACGGAUGGGAGACCUCAAGACACAGUAGAAGAGAUUGCAGCUCAAGCGAAGCAGGCUGGCAUCCAGAUUUUUGCUAUCGGAGUGGGAAGGGUGGAAAUGAAAACUCUGAAGGCCAUAGGCAGUGAGCCCCAUUCUGAACAUGUCCACCUAGUGGCUAAUUUUAGUCAGAUGGAAACCCUGAUCUCAGUGUUCAAGUCCAAACUGUGUGGAGGUUCAGACAUGUGUAAGGUGGUGGACCAUCAGUGCCAGCAUAUCUGUGUGAACAGUCCUGCCUCCUACAGGUGUAAGUGCAGGAAAGGCUUCACUCUCAACCCCGAUGGAAAGACAUGUAAAGGAAUAGAUUACUGUGACCUGGGAAUCCACGGCUGUGAGCAUAACUGUGUCAGCUUACCAGGCUCCUACAUCUGCAGCUGCAUGAAAGGCUACGUCCUGAAUUCAGAUGGCAAGACUUGUAGCCAGAGCGACCACUGUGCUGAUGGCAGCCAUGGGUGUGAACAGGAGUUUAUGAGCACAGCAACUUCCUGUGUGUGUAAAUGCAGAGACGGCUACACACUCAGACCAGACGGGAAAACCUGUAAAAAGAUUGACCAUUGUGCUGAUGGGACUCAUGGCUGUGAGCAGGAGUUUAUAAAUACUGAAGAUUCAUGUGUUUGUAAAUGCAGAGAAGGAUACACACUGAAGGCUGAUGGAAAGACGUGUCAGAGUGUGGAUCUGUGUCAGACUCUGGACCACGGCUGUGAACAUCUGUGUGUCAGCACCACUGCCUCUUAUAUCUGCAAAUGUUAUGAGGGAUUCCUGCUGGCUGGAGAUGGAAAGAGCUGUGAAAAACCAGGGUGUCUCGAUGGAGUCAUGGAUUUAGUGUUUGUGAUCGACGGCUCCAAGAGCCUGGGCCCGGCUAACUUUGAGCUGGUUAAACAGUUCGUAAACAGCAUCGUGGACUCCCUGAACAUCUCCAGGACGGGCACUCACGUAGGACUUAUUCAGUUCUCCACUAAGGUGCGCACAGAGUUCACUUUGAGUCGGCACACCACGGGGCAGGACAUCAAGCGGGCCGUGAACCAGAUGCAGUACAUGGGGAGGGGCUCCAUGACCGGCUCAGCUCUGCGUCACAUGUUUCAGUUCAGCUUUUCAGAGAAAGAAGGCGGCAGGUCCAACAUCCCACGAGUGUGUGUGGUGUUCACCGAUGGGAGGUCACAGGAUGAUGUUUCUGAGUGGGCCAGCAAAGCAAAGAACUCUGGGGUCACAAUCUACGCGUUGGGCGUUGGGAAAGCCAUUGAACAGGAGCUGAGAGAAAUAGCAUCAGAACCUUCUGAGAUGCACCUGUAUUAUGCAGAGGAUUUUAAGAAAAUGGGAGAAAUUACACAGAAACUGAAGUCAAGGAUAUGUAAAGACAGACCAGCAGAUGAGAACAUGUGUCGAUGUGAGAACAUAAUCCUGUUUCAGAACCAAGUCACAGAGCAGCUGAAGAACCUGGCUCAGAGUAUUGAAGCAUUGUCAAAGAAGCUGGAGACUCUGGAGAAUCAAGUUGUGCGUAAAUAAAAGGCAUUCAGACCUUCAGGAUCCCUGUCAGCCUGGACUGUUAAUUCUAUUUAUCAUUUAAAGGACAGUUUAAAGCUUCCAUUUUAUCUAUUAAGUGUUUGAAAUGUAUCCAAGCAUGCCUGUAAUUUCAUCUGUGGGUUGUAAUAAUAAACAGCUUAUCUUCAUGGAGCAGGUCUCUUCCAAUGUAACGAUAUAUUUGGACAAAUAUUUUAGAUUAAAUCACGUUAAUUUUGUGCUGCUACUGACCGCCGUUUUAUGGCAAGGAUUCCAGAUGUUUUACCAGAUACACAGAAAACUUCAUCGUACUUGACAAAGCUCAGACGCAGUGUAUAGCAUUCCUUGAUUUUUAUAGAGGAAAUCAUUAUUGUUGCAAACAAAGAUUUAGUUUAUUCCCCCACAUUUUAUUUGUUCAGCUUUGAAUUAUGUUUUCAUAUAUUUGUUUUCAAGUUUAUUUUCAUAUUUUUGUUUUUCAGAUGGAGUUUUAUGAAUUGCUUUUUUUCUAAUUGCAUUUCACAGAUCACAUUCUCUUCACUGCAAGCCAAACACAAACAUUGUGGUCCCUAACAUCCAUGCAAAUGAUUAGAAAUGCGUCUUCAAUCCUCACCUCAGAAGAAAGCCAGAAGUGAAGGGAACAUUAACUAUAAAACUCAAUAUGAAAAGAUUACAAUUUGUAAACUUCAAUCUAAAAAAAUCAUUUAGAUAGAUAACAGAAAAUAUAAAA